CUGAGAUCUGGGGCUCACAGCGGCGUCAUGCAGAGCCGAUCAUUGUCUCUCUCACACUUUCUAACUAGCCAUUUCUCAACAUCCACACAACGGAUCGGCCGCACGCAGCAGCAGCGGCUUCGCCCUCGGGGCUUUUCUUUUUUCUUCUCUCCCCGACGUCGAGCAUAACUAAAAAUUUGGAUCCAAGGCGCAGAUUGGCGGGGGGGGGGGGGGGCACUUAUUGGAAUUGGUGCCACCUUUCCGAUCGACCGAUAGUCAAAUGAGUUACGCAAUGGCUGAAGGUAUUUAAGUCUUCCUUCGGGUGCGAGAAGUGCCUUUUUUCUUUUUUUUAAUGAAUCUAAAAAAGAAAACAACCAAAAAACACUUUAAUUUCACCGAGGAGAAGAUUGGCGGUGGUCACCAUGCACAGAUUUGCGGAUUCAACACUCAGAGAGGAACCGAGGGCGUUUGAUUCGGAAUUACAGGGACACGCAGGACGAGUCGUUUUUUGAAGGGGGAGAUUUUUUAGGAGUCUGCCCCCCCUCUCUCUCUCUCCCUUUCUCUCCCCCUCUCGCUCUUGUUCGCUGUCCUCCGGGUUCCUGCAGGACUCCAGAGUCGUGGAGAGCCCAUGCAGUCGCCAAGGGAGAGGAGUGAAGCGCGACCCCGAGCUGGAUGGAUGGUUAUGGGGGAAAGAGGGAGACCCUCGGCGCUUGACGUGUGCAGAGUCCUGGCGGUGUUUCUCUCACUCUUCCCCUCCGUGAGCCUGCAGUGCAAGAUACUCAAGUGCAACUCCGAAUUCUGGGCCUCCACCUCACGCUCCGGUCCCGAGGAGGAGUUCUGCACGGCGCUGCGAGCGUACAACGCCUGCGUGCGCCGCACCGCUCGGACCUGCAGGGGGGACCUGGCGUACCACUCGGCCCAGCAUGGCAUAGAGGAUCUGAUGGGCCAACACAACUGCUCCAAGGAGGGGCCCACGUCCCAGCCCCGGGCCCACACCCCUCUCCCCCCUCCGCCCCCGCCGCUGCAGCCCGACAGCCAGGAGCGCUCCGACGGCCCGGAGGUGUGCCACUACGAGCGCAGCCUCAGCCGCGGUGCGGCGCCGCCCAACUACACCCACUGCGGCUUCUUCGGGGAUCCACACCUGCGGACGUUCGGGGAUGACUUCCAGACGUGUAAGGUGGAGGGAGCCUGGCCGCUCAUCCACAACAAGUACCUGUCGGUCCAGGUGACCAACACUCCCGUGGUGCCGGGCUCUUUGGCCACCGCCACAAGCAAGCUGACGAUCAUCUUUAAGAACUUCCAGGAGUGUGUGGACCAGAAGAUGUACCACGCAGAGACGGACGAGCUGCCGGCUGCAUUCGCCGACGGCUCCAAGAACGGCGGCGAUCGCCACGGAGCCAACGCGCUGCGGGUGGUGGAGAAGGUUCCCGGGCAGCAUGUGGAGAUUCAGGCCAAGUACAUCGGAACGACCAUAGUGGUGCGGCAGGUCGGCCGCUACCUGACCUUCGCCGUGCGGAUGCCGGAGGAGGUGGUGAACUCGGUGGAGGAAGGCGACGACCAGGACUUGUACCUGUGCCUCCACGGCUGCCCCGCCAACCAGCGCAUCGACCUCCGCCACCUCAAGGCCCGAGCGACGGAGGCCCAGGGCGCGGGCCGGACCAGGGCCGGCGGCGAGGGGGCCCCGCGCGGCUUCACCCGCCAGGCCGCCGCGGCCAAGUGCAAGGAGCGGCUCCCGGUGGAGGACCUGUACUUCCAUUCCUGCGUGUUCGACCUGCUCUCCUCCGGAGACAUAAACUUCACCAUGGCAGCCUACUAUGCCCUCGAGGACGUAAAAAUGCUCCACUCCAACAGCAAGAGAUACCACCUCUUUGAAGGAGACGCUCUGAUGAGCAGCGUGGGCCGGAGGGGCAACGGCUCUCUCUCACUUCUCCUCCUCAGCGUCCUGGCCGCCCUCCUGUGGGUCGAAUGCUGAACCGUUCGCCCGCAGCCGCGUUACGGCAGUUAUCUUCGUGGUGUGUUCGUCAGUGAGUGUUAGAGUACCGUGUCGUCGCACUUUGGGCCCCCCCCUUCCCCUCCUCGUCUGCUGUGGUUCUGGGACUCGAAUGGCGGUUGCCCCCCCCUCGCCCCCUCCUGUGGAUCCUCUCGAUGUCUUGACUCCAGCGUGACGCCGAGGAGGAGGAGAGGUUCGCCGUACUCCUCCACCUAUCAUCACGUGUGUUUAGCUGGUCCAUGCGGCGGGUCUUUGAUGAGCGCGGCGGUGAGAGAGCCGAGGCGACUCCCGAGCUCGGGUUAUCCACCUCGGAUUAAAUCCCACAUUCUCAGCGGGGCCCGCGAGGUGCCUAGUGGAAAGCCGCACGAGAUGAUCUUCUGCAGACAGAAGUCCGCUGAUCCUCCCUCUCCUGAUCCACCCACUGGUGCCGCGCCAGUGGAGCUCUCACAGGCUCAUGUGGCAAGGCGAGGGGACCUGACAGGGGCUUUUGUUAACCUAAGGCCAGAAGCUGCUCUAUGUUUGAUUAGUUUCCAGCUCUGGAAAAAGGCCUCAGCCUUUUGGAGGAAGCGCUCAGCCAAAACCAUGUCAGAGCAGCGUCUCCAGUUGUCUGCUGCGGAGAUUAAUGGGUCAAAUUGGUGUGUGUGUGUGUGUGUGUGUGUGUGUGUGUGUGUGUGUGUGUGUGUGUGUGUGUGUGUGUGUGUGUGUGUGUAAAAUAUGUGUGCAGAAGCAUCUGUGGUUAAUUAUAUGCGUUUUGUGGUUCCAGAUGACAUCAUUCCCAUGUCUGUGGAACCCCAAAUUUUAAAAAAAGAAAAGAUGAGGCGCUCUGCGAUCGGUCAGUGCGGCCUCGAUCUGCCAAGUGGAGAGGCCCAAACGGGAAAUGGUGAGAAGAAAAAAAAUGAUAAUAAAGCAAAUCUCCUUUCAAUGUCACACAGACCGUUGCCCCGUUGUUUGGGUCGACACGGCCAUCAGGCGGUGUUUUGUAUCCCUACGUCUGUAAUGUGAAUGUAGCUUAAUGUACCUUUUAGUGAAGGGCGUUUACAGAAUGUACAGCGACCCGUCACACCCUCGGAUAGCAUUUUGUGAAUUUAACUCUUGAUUCUGUUGGUGUGGAUUCUGUUGGUAUUCGCUGUAAAGACGUCCCUCUCUAGCAGCUUCAGCAUUUUAUAGACCCCACGGUGGCUUUUGUGUGUAAAUGAUCAGCAUUUGUCCUAAGAAGUGAUCCCACGCCAAAGAACAAGCCCCCCCCUCCCCUUCCCCGUGCCAAUGUUUCCAUCCUUCGGUGUCUUAGUGGGUCCUUCGUUGUGUAGAUCUUGUGUUUUGUCGGUGGCCUACGAGUUGCAGUAGUUUCAGUUUCAGCAGUCGCACCUUUUUGCUUUUCUCGUGUGUCACGAUAACGCUUCCAUUUGAACUCGGGUGCUCAGAAACGUGUGGGUCCCUCGUGCUGGUGAUACAGGUACCACUCCGGCACAGCGUCAUUCAUCCUUUACACUGAAGUGUUUGGCAGACCUUACUGCUGCUAUUUGGAACACGUUAUGGUGCAGUUUGACAACAACAAAAAAAAGCUCACACAAAUGAUUGUAAUGUGGAAUCUUGUGUUAAUAGAUUGUGUUGUGAGAUUUACAGUAUAUAGUUCUACAUUUGAAAUGUGAGGUUGUUCAUGCGUUUUGUGAGUUUGAAUUUGUAUUUUACCGGUUGUGUUUUGAAUUGAUCACUUGUUUUGUACAUCAGAUAUUUCAGUGAAUGUGAACCUUUUUUUCUUUUAUUUAAAAAGGGAUUUUCUUGCAAAAACAUGAACACCACAGAGCAAAAUAUUCUUUACUUUAUCCAGUUUACCCACCUAGUUGUUACGGAGGAAGUGAUAAAAUGCUGGUUGUCAUCACUUCUAAAUGCAGUCCACAUCAUGUAGAUGUUGUUCCGGGGUGUUCAGGUUUUUGAGUUUAAAGCACUUUAUGUUUUCUUUUCCAUUUAGCUCUUAUUCCAUUUGAAUUAGUCAGACUUGUAAAAGAGUUUUCAAAAGAUUCAAUGGGAAACUUCAGAAAGAUCAAGCUGUUUGUACGUAGAGUAAAUGUGGUGCCAACCGCCAGCUGUUAAUAAUGUAAAUUAUUUAUUGAAUUAAAGCAAAUGUCUUGUUAA